GUGUUGCGCGAGCCUGCCAGUUAGUCUGCCUGCUGUUCAAUUUAUAAACAUUAACGUUUUGGUCGCUUGAAACUACAAAUAUAAUGCUGGUCGCUUUUUUUUUUUUUUUUUUUUUGGAGACAGUACGUGAUGAUAGCCAAGAGAUCGUGACCGUGGUCAGUCGUCACUUGUCAGUGGGUUUAAAUAUCUUUUAAUUAGGCUCAUUCCUGUUCGACUGAAAACAAAAUGGCGGGGCGUUUGUCAGAACAAGAUAGGAAAGAUUUAGAAAAAUUCAUGAAGUUUUUCAUAUUCAAGAGUCUACAGAUUAUCGUACAGUCAAGACUUGGCGAAAAAUUAAGGUCCAAAUCAAAGGUCACCUCAUCGGGGGCUGAUUGGUUCAGUCUAGCUAUAACAGAUAUACCAGAAGUGCAAGUAGAGGCACGGAAGACACUCUCUGAACAGCAACCAAUUCUUAGUCAAACGGUCAAUGUGGAAAUCUCUCUGCGGACUAUGGAAGGUGCUUCCAUGGUUCUGGAGUUAUGGUCUCUCUCGUUGAAUUCAGAAGAAACUGAUGUUGAUGUCAAGAUAUCAAGUACAGUUUACAACCGGAUGACCAUGGCACUGAAGGCAAUAUUCAGUGUGUCAAGAAUGCCACCUGCCUAUCGAUUAUCACGGCGACAAGGGGGCAUCAACCCAGAUGACUUUGUAAUCUGUUAUAAAUUUUAUGGAGGUCGUCCACACAUGGGUUACCUGGGAGAUGGAUACAAGACAACCCGAGUGGGUGCUGUACCAACUCCAGUGGGAACCAUUGUCAUUAUCCUGGCAUACCGUACUAACAUGAUGAUGCCACAAAACCAGAGAGGUAUUCCCUUCAACAUUAAGGAUGACCAUUUUGGACAUACCUCAGCCCCACAGACUGCUGAGCCCAGACCAUGCAGUCUGGGUUUCCGACAUGGUUCAUCAUCAGAUGAUUUAAGACGACUAGAAGGGACAGAUGCUCAGGACCUAUGUUGCACAACUUUUUCAACUAGCCCCCCAGCAUUUGCUGUUUUGGGAAACAUAUGCAGUUCUCCACAAGCCACCAAACCCUUGGAGAGACAAAAGGAUUCAAAAUUGAAAUGUCACGAGACAAAUAACAAAUCUGAGGCGACAUUUGAAAAUCUGUACCGAGUUGGUGCCUUUGUUCAAGAUGAAGUGAAACCAAUUGUCCGGGAGCGGCCAGAAGAGCAGCCUUUUGCAGCACUGAUGUCUGGUUUGCCAACUCCUGAUCCUUCUAAUUCUGAUAGCUCAGAAAUAGACAGUGAUCUGGAAGACUUUGAAGAUCUGGAAUUUCGGAAGAUUCCUAGGCCAAAAGCUUUUGACACUAGUGAGGAACUGGAGGAAGAAGCAAGUGAAAAAGUAGAAGUGAAUCAGGCUAAGGAUAGGUCGAGUGAGCUUGGUGUCAUCUCUGUUGCAGAAGAAUUUGAAAAGAUUUCACUGAAUAGACAGCACACAUACCAGAGUACAGGACAGACGUGCGCUUCUAGUCGGCUGCUUGUGGUCUAUAUGAAGAUUUUGGAGAAUUAUGACUUUCACCCAAGCCGAUGGUUGAGUAUUUCCUGUUUAAUAUUGCCUGUUGAUAUGGGUAGUGUUCAUUGAACACAGCUCAGGCAAUUAAAUGAUCAUUGCCAUUGCUGAGUACCGCAAUGUACAGUUCAGGCCUACAUGUGUCUAACAUAAUCCUUUCAUGGAUUUAAAUGAAAUAGCUUUGACUGGUAAAAAUUCAUUUGGGUUUAUGAGUUUGUUUUUCAAGCACCUAAUUAUGAAAAGGCGGAAUGUGAUGACUCAGAGAAGAGCAGUGCCAGGCUGAGAUGGAACAUGUUGCAAAGUGUCACCAUGCUGUAGCAAAACUAGUUUGACCAAAUAGAUCAGGCUAAUUUUAAGGCAAAUAAUUUUGAAUAAGCUGCAAAUGAUGUGAUAAAUUUUAAAAUGGCCCUUGGAGGAAAAAAGUGUUUGAAUAUCAUCUCAUUUGGUUUAUAUGGUUUUAGCAUAAAAAUUAUUAUCGAUAAAAUGCUUGUGCAGACUGUUUUUAGUUGCUGCAGAGGCCACACAUAUUUAUACAACACUAUUUCACUUUUGUGUCGAUUAAUGCUUUUUAAAAAAGUUCUCUUCAAAUAACGCUACAUCAUCAUUUUUUUCAUGAGCCUCUUAGCCCACUAAAGGUAUUUAAAUUAUUUCAGCUGAGAGCCAUAAAUUGCACAUGAUUACUUGCUGCUUCUUAUCAUCUAUUUUCUUUGGCAGAAAGUAGAUUUCAUCAAUGGCUGUACCUCAACAGUUACUUCUACUUUUGCAUUCAGCAGUUCUUCUCAUGAAUAAGUAAUUCAUCUGAAUUAAAAAGAUUAAAAAAAAUUCCUUUUAUAAAAGUUACAGAAUAGCAGCAAGCAUUGUGCUGAAUGUGUAGCUGUAGAACAUCUUGAUCAUGUUAAAAAUAUGUAUUCAAAACCAGAAAAAUGAAUCUAUUUUAGAUGUCAAGGAGAAAAGAAAAUAAUCAUUAUACUAAUGCAACUUAGAAAACAAAAGACCGAUAUAACAGCAUGGUCAACAUUAUUAUUAAUCUUCAGUUACCAGAAUUAAAGUCAGAAAUGGUAUCUACAAAAAAGACAUGUUUUGAGGUGCACAUUGAAACAUUUCAGAUCACUAUAUGGCUUAUUUGAAUGGGGAGUUCCAGUUUUAUGUCCUUAUAUUUAUGGAGUAAAUUAUGUCAUAAGAAUCUCAGACCUGCUUAUCCUUAGUGGUUAGCCAUAAUCAUAACAGUUACGGCGAAGGCCAAAAAGAAACUUUCUUAAUUUUCAAAUUUCUUUUCUUGAGAAUUUGGUUACUUCUUGUUAGCUUUCAAAUCAACUAACUCUUGUCCACUUAUUAGUUGUGAAAUUUAUGCAGGAAAUUUUGAAAAAAGCACCUACAACUGGGACGUUUUUACAUCAGGCAUACAGAUAUACAAUGAUGCAAUUGGGGACUAUGUCAGUUGGUCCCUCUUUUACUCUGAAGGUGUACCCUUUUUAUUUUUGUGAGGGCCCCUUUUUCUGUAUUCCAGAAUAAUCUCUGAAUUGCCGUAGAAAUUAAACAACAGCAGAAGUGAAACCAAAUUCAUCUUUCAUUUUUAGUUACAGAUUACAUGUUUUACCUGGACUUCAGGUAGGUCUUCCUAAUGGUAAAUAAGUCUGGAAUUGACAAAUCUAUGAGACAUUUAUUCAUAUCUUUCCGUUUUAUAUUUAUGGCAUACUUUUAGUGCUGUAGAUCCACUCAUCUCUUUUUCUUGCU